GCCCAGACCGCCGCCUAGUCCGUUAGCGCAGCCGCUGUGUCGUCUGUCCACGGACGAAGCAUGGGCGUCCAGGGCUUCCAAGAGUUCCUGGAAAAGCGCUGCCCCGGGGCCGUGGUGCCCGUGGACCUCCUCAAACUCGCGCGUACGGUCUCGCGCCAGCAACAGCAGCAGCACCAGCAGCGCCAACUGCCACCUUCGGCUGCCCUGUCACCGGGAGCUCCACGCGCCUUCAGGGGCUCUGCGCCUGUGCCGAUGCCGCUCCCGCCUGCUGCCUUGGGUGCCUACUCCGGGGGCGCGGGACCGACUCGGCACCAUCAUCCCGCUCACCACUUCUAUCACCACAGCCAGGCGCACCCCGGGCUGCACCCGCCGCCGCUGCCGCCGCCCCCCCCUCCUUUGCCCGGGGCCCGAGUGUUGGUGGACGCGGGCUCGGCGCUGCCGCGGCUUUAUGGCGGCUACCAGACGGACUGGGUGUGUGGCGGCCAGUGGAACGCUAUGCUGGGCUACUUGUCGGCGCUGUGCCAGGCUUGCGCCUAUCCCGGCGGCGACGGCCUGGAAUUGGUGGUCAUGUUCCCCGGCGGCCUGGGUAAGGACCGGCUGGCAGAGUGGGGCCGUCGGUGCCAGGCCGAGCGGCAGACAGCGCAACUGAUCGUGGGACACGUGGGCAACAAGGGCACCCCUCCUCCACGGGCCUGGUUCCUGCCACCGGCCUGCCUGAGCCACUGCGUGAGAUUAGCACUCAUCCGCUUCCGGGUCAAGGUGUUUCAGAGCCUUGAAGACCACCAUUUGGAAGUGGUAGCUUUUUUCAGGGAAAACGGCUUCCAUGGCCUUCUUGCCCAUGACUCCGAGUAUGCUCUCUACAAUAUUCCCUCUUACUACAGUUCUCAUGCUCUGAAGCUGAGCUGGAAUGGAAAGAACCUCACUACCAACCAAUUCCUAAUGCAGGAGGUGGCCAAGCAGCUGGGUCUGAAACGGAUAAACUUUCCCAUAUUUGCUGCACUGCUGGGUAACCACAUUCUCCCAGAUGAGGACCUGGCUGCUUUUCACUGGAGCCUCUUGGGACCAGAACACCCCCUUGCAUCGCUUAAGGUCAGAGCUCAUCAGCUGGUUCUUCCUCCCUGUGACGUGGUCAUCAAGGCUGUUUCUGAAUAUGUUAGUUCCAUCAAAGACCCCUCAAACCUGGAUGUUGUUGGGAAGGAUGUUUUCAAACAGUCUCAGUCUAGGACAGAAGAUAAAAUACAACGAUUCAAGAAAGCAGUUGAAUACUAUUCAGUCACAACCAAACUCUCUUCACUGCCAGUUGGUCCCUCCUCCUUUCUAGGUUUUCGAAGUAAUCGACUUGGAACUCAUCCCCUUCCACGAAAUCAAAUGGGCACUGUUGCUGCUGGAAAACCAAUGUUUUCUCACCAUAUGCCCCAGAAAAUGAAAUACCCACCAACAUUCCCGGUUGGACCCAACUCUUCUCUUCUCUUCUCCCCACAAGUUUUGGGAGAAUCACAUGCUUUUUCUGAGGAUCCUAUGCUACAGGAUAGCCACUUUACCAAUUGGGCUACUAUCUCUUAUGACUCCUCUGCAUCCCACUUUCACAAUUAUGUGACUUCUAAAGCCUCACCUACUUUGGCACCAGACUCUUCCCAUUCAUCUUCUUCUGAUGCUGAUGAGCCAAAUGGAGCCAUCUCUGAUCACCUCACAGAAACACUUCAGCAACAACCUGGAUGGGAGGAUCCAAAUGGUGUUAGAGGAUCCUGGGUACAUCCCAUUGAUGCUGGAGUUUCAGAUGUCAACCUGGGUGAUGGUGAACCCCAUAUCCCAUCUCUGCUGUCUAUGUCUACAAGGAACCACAUGGACAUCACCAUUCCACCCUUACCUCCAGUAGCACCCGAAGUCUUGCGGGUUGCUGAACAUAGACACCGAAGGGGUCUUAUGUACCCCUACAUCUACCAUGUCCUCACUAAGGGUGAGAUUAAGAUCCCCGUAUGUAUUGAGGAUGAGUGUAACAUGGAGUUGCCUCCAGCUACUCUCCUAUUCCGGUCAGCUCGUCAGUAUGUGUAUGGAGUCCUUUUCAGUCUGGCAGAAACACAGAGGAAAAUAGAACGUCUGGCCAUACGACGGCGACUGCCUGUGGAAGUUCCUUCAGUGAUCCUUAAAGAGUGGUCUGCCUAUAAAGGAAAGUCACCUCAAACCCCUGAGCUGGUAUCUGCGCUGACAUUUCGGGAAUGGACUUGUCCAAACCUCAAGAAGCUCUGGCUUGGCAAAGCAGUUGAGGACAAGAACAGAAGGAUGCGGGCCUUCCUGGCCUGUAUGAAAUCAGACACACCGAGUAUGCUGAAUCCAGCUAAUAUCCCUACCCAUCUGCUGCUCAUGUGCUGCGUGCUUCGGUACAUGAUUCAGUGGCCAGGUGGCCGCAUCUUGCACCGUCAUGAGCUGGACACUUUCCUUGCCCAGGCAGUAUCUACCCAGCUUUAUGAACCUGAUCAACUUCAAGAACUCAAGAUUGAGAAACUGGAUGCCCGAGGGAUCCAACUUGCUGCCCUUUUCAUGAGUGGGGUCGAUACAGCUCUAUUUGCUAAUGAUGCCUGUGGCCAGCCAGUCCCGUGGGAACACUGCUGUCCCUGGAUUUACUUCGAUGGCAAACUGUUCCAGAGCAAGCUAAUUAAAGCAGGCCGAGAGCGGGUAUCCCUGAUUGAGCUCUGUGAUGGCCAGGCUGACUUGGCAACCAAAGUGGAAAAGAUGAGACAGAGUAUCCUUGAAGGAGUCAACAUAAACCCUCCACCACCUUCUGCUCUACUUCCAUCACCUACUUUUGUGCCUCCCAUGGUGCCCUCCCUCUACCCUGUCUCACUUUAUUCUAGAGCCCUGGGCUCAUUACCACCUCCCCCUCAUGGAAGGAGCCGGGGGUUUGCAGGUUUCCACCCAAUCCCACCCCAGGGAGGAAAGCUGGAGAUAGCUGGAAUGGUUGUAGGCCAGUGGGCUGGCAGCAGACCCUCCAGGGGCCGAGGAUCCUUUGGCAUGCAAGUGGUUUCUGUCGGUGGGCCAGGAAAAGGGCAUGGAAAAGAACAGACUGGUAGAGGAUCCAAAGGACAUAAGAAAGGAAAUAAACAAGGCACUUCAGAUGGAGUUUCUAAAUCCCUGGAGGCUCAUCAGAGCCGGUCCAGCUCACAAGUGAAUGGAAACAAUGGCACAUUGAUCAAAGAAGAGAAGAAUGAUCACCAUCUUCUGGCUCUAUCACAGUGUGCCUUAUCCAGAGACAACAACAUAUGUAAUAAUGGUAACCGCUACUUCCCAGUGAAGAAUGGGGAGAAGAGCCACUUUCAAGAGCAAAAGAUAGGAUCAGUGCCACAACAGAAAGAGGAAUAAUGAGCAGAAGAUGACUUUACCAGAUCAGGAAAAAAGGAAAACCUAUACUUUUCUGAUUCUAGGCCCAAGUUAGAGAACAAAAAUGCUUACCCAAGAUUUAUCCAAUGGGAUGUUCCAUUGUAUCUUUCUUUUCCCCUUUCUUUUUCUGGGCCUCCAGGUUUGCUUCUAGGGAAGCUCUGGUCAAAGAUGAAUGGUAACAGGACUGGCUCCUAUUCUUAAGUUGAAUAUGUAGUGCCAAUAUUCUCUUUACCUCUCCUGGAAGUCUAGUAAGGUAAUGAUUGUCAGAAAUCAGGUGCCAUCAUAUAAGGCCCUAUAGAAAAGUUCUACCUUUGGUUUUCUGUCUUUCUCAUGAUAUUCAUUUACAAAAAGCCUGGGGGUGGUAGAAACAACUGUCUAUAGCUUCUUGACUUGCUUUUUCUCUAUUAAUUAGUGGGGCCUUUAUAUAUAUAGUCAUUAUCUACCACCUUUUCACUUUUUCUUCCAACUCACUGACCCCAGGAUUUUGCAUCACCACCUCUAGCUCUGGCCCGACAAUCAGAUAAGUAGAUGUUUUCAGAGAAGUGAGGUAGUGUUGGUUAUUUUUAUUUUUUAUUUUAUUUUAUAUACUUAAAACACACACACACAACACACAAACCCUGCCAAUGGCCUUUGUAUUGGGGGAUUCAAGUGAGUCGGAAAAGUACUGGGCAGAUUUUCCUGCCUCUAAACUAAAACGUGUUUGUAAAAUAGAAGAUGUGUUAACAGUUCACCGACUCCCUGCUCCCCACACUGUGGGUGGGAAUCAUAGGGUGGAAACCAUUGUAAUGAGACUAAGUAUGAAAGGAAACUCAGAAGACGCCAUGUGUGUGUGUCUCUGUGUAUGUGUCUUUGUGUUUAUGGGUGUGUGGAUAGAUGUAAAUGCAAAAGUGUAUAUCUAUAUGCUUAUGCAUACCCUUUAUAUAGAGACAGAUCUAUUUAUCUAUACAUGUUUUAUAUAUAUAAAUAUAUUUGUAUGUGUGUAUACAUACAUACAUGCAUACAUAACAUGCUGAUUUCCCAGAGGAUUUACUGAGUUUCCUAGAAAAGCUUCCACUGCUAUGGAGUGGUAGGUUUCAAAAGACCACACUUGAAAAUUCUUAGUAAGUCACAGCUCAUGAGAAGAUGGGCUUCUCUAAAGCAGACAAAAAGUACUUUCCAGAGAUUGCCUAUUCAGAACAACAAACAGUUGUGUUGUCACAACCUUAUCUUGAACAGAGCCCUAAUAUCCCAUGUGGUAAAAACAAGCUGGAAUGGGAUUGGAAAGAGUUGGGCAUUUCCUUAUGAAGGUGCAGCCUCGUUUGAAGAGAGAAAGGGACUGGCAGGUGAUAACCAGGACUUACAGCCAAUUUGAAAGAAAUCUCAUUUGAACUCCAGGAUCAAACUGCUCUCAGGCUAGAAUUGAUUGUCAUAAAUCCUAAAAGGAGAGGACUAGCAUUGGAAAGAAGGUGUAGGGAAGUGUGAGGAAAUCAACAAUUUGAUUUUACAUUCCUAGAUUGUUUUCAUUUGUUCACUGACAUUUUGCCUACUGGAUCUUUUCAUUUGCUUUGCAGAAACUUCAGAGGACUCUGGCCUAGGCCUUUAAAAAAAGGGGUAUUCUGUAAAAGGUUCCAAAUUCCCACUGAGGCCAGAAUCUGCCCUAGACAAAAAAGCUGUUCUUCCUUUACUGGAGAUACUCUUAAGAUAACCUUGCAUUUCUAGUUUUCCCCCUCUUCAGCUGGCUAAGUAUAGGGGGUGGGAACAUGUCUUACAAUAGAUUAUCAUUGUGUCUCCAUUUAGAAAUGAGACUGAUAGUCUCCAUAUUUUGGGCUUUGUGACAUUCUUGCCCAAGGAGUACCAUUUCUAAAAGGAAUACAACUGACUAGACUUCUACUGGGUUUUCUCUUCUUUUUGUAAAACCCAUGCAUCUUAACCCACAAUUUGCAAGGGAAGGGAGCCCUAGAAUGCCUCUUCCCCUGCCCAGACACUUCUUACCUAAACCAAAGCAGGCUAACAGGAGUGCACACCUCACUAGAUAUAACCAGGAACAGAGUGUAUUGAAAAACCUCCUCUUUGGAAUCAGCUCCCUAAUUUAGUGCCCCCUCUUCUUGGACCUCCUAACCUUGCACAACAUCAUAAAGGUUAGGUCUUCUGUAUCCAGCCUGAGAGAUUUACUAGUGAACUUAGAUGGCUUGGAAAUUUCUUUUUGGAGUCAAAGAGGGAGGAAUACUUUCAGAGCUCUAAGAGUAGCCAGAAUUACUGAGCUGUAUUAAAGUCAGUGUGUGUGUGCGCGUGGGGG